GUCUGUCAAUGUCAACAACAUUUACUUUAAUUGGUAUCUCAGCAAUAGCAGUUUCCUUGCUUGGUUAUUAUUUUCAAAAGUAUGGCCCUCCUCCACCGCCAAAAAUUGCUGGAAUUGAUUUGGGUACAACUUAUUCUUCUAUAGCUGUUUUUCUACCGGCUAGUGGUCAAACUAUUGUUAUUGAAGAUAAAUUGGGGAAGAAGUCUAUUCCGAGUGUUGUUGGAUUUUUAGGCAAUGGCGAAAUUGUAGUUGGAACAAAAGCUGUAGAACAACAAGAAACGAAUCCUUCCAAUACCAUUUAUGAUGCCAAAAGAUUUAUUGGAAAACGUUUUGAGGAAAAUGAUCCACAAUUUCAGAUGGAUCGUAAUCGUUACCCAUUUACUAUAAAAUUGGAUAAUGAUGGAUUUGCAUUGUUUGAAAUUGAAGAGAAGGGCGUUAAACGUUUAAUCCGGCCAGAAGAAAUUGGUUCAAUUAUAAUUUCUUAUCUUCAAAAAAUGGUACUAGAAUUUUAUGGUGCAAAUAUUAAAGAAGUUGUAAUUUCUGUGCCUACAGAAUUUGAUCAAAUGCAACGAACAUAUACAAACAAAACUGUCGAUUUAGCUGGAAUGAAUGUUAGAAGAAUUAUAAGUGAACCAACAGCCGCAGCAUUAGCUUAUGGAUUACAUGAAAAAAAGGGUGUGGAAUAUAUUGUUGUUGUUGAUAUCGGUAUUAUUUUUUUGUUUAAUUUUUUAAGUCAUUUUGUGGUUAAGUGGGUUAAGUUUGAUUAAUUUUGUAAGGAUGAUUUAUCUGACACCGUUUAAAAAGUUUUAUGGCGUGAGUUGAGUAAAUGUAAGAGGAAAGGAGAAUGAAUUUAGACAG